UUCGAUCUAGACUUCAGCCGAUUCGACCUCUAACGAUCCCAUCUCCGAUUCUUUACACUGCCCCUCGACCGGUGCACCCAUCGAAGCGACUCGUCUUGUCGAAAGAACACGCAGCACUGCUCCAUGCGACCAUGAGCUCCACAAACGACGGCACAGCUCCAUCCGACAUGAAAAUCACCAUAAAUCCGCAGCGCGCAUCCGCCCUUCUACAGAACAUCUCCUCCGUGCAGCAACGAGUCCGCACCGCGUGGUCUUCGUCCUUUCCUCCAGGCACGAACCCCCCGGCUUCGGUGCCCGUCCGAGUCGUCGCCGUGUCGAAGCUGAAGCCUGCCUCGGACAUCCUCGCCCUGCACCGCCCCGCAGCACCCGGCGACGGCGAGGCAUCCAGCGCGGCCGCCUCCGAGCAGACACCAGGGCACGACCAUUUCGGGGAGAACUACGUGCAGGAGCUGCUGGAAAAGUCGAGGCUGCUGCCCACGACGAUCAAGUGGCACUUCAUCGGCGGGCUGCAGUCGAACAAGUGCGUGCCCGUGACGAGGGACGUGGACAGCCUGUGGGCGGUAGAGAGCGUCGACAGCGAGAAGAAGGCGAACCUGCUGAACAAGGGCCGGGCGGAGAGGAACGAGAGACUGAGGAAGGAGCACGGGGAUCGCUGGCCGCAGAUCAUGGACGAGAACGGCCUGGAGCAACAGCUGAGGGUGUUCAUCCAAGUCAACACCUCCGGCGAAGAGUCCAAGAGCGGGCUGGAUCCAAACUCGCCAGAGCUGUUGGCUCUUGCAAGGCUCAUCCGCGAUGACGGGCGAUGUCCGAACCUGCACCUCCAAGGACUCAUGACCAUCGGCGCAAUUGCGCGCUCAAAGGCCACCUCCCCAGAAACAGAAAACGAGGAUUUCAUCACGCUUCGCUCCACCCGCGACAGGCUCGCCGCAGAUCUGGGUCUACAGAAUAAGGAUGAGCUGGAGCUUAGUAUGGGCAUGUCGGAAGACUUCGAGAGCGCAGUGAGAUUGGGAAGUCGUGAGGUGCGGGUAGGGAGUACGAUUUUCGGGGAACGGCCGCCAAAGAAAGAUGCCAAAGUGCUAGAGCAAACGGAACAAGAGAAGAAGUAAAUUCCAUCAUAAGAGAGCUUGAGUUCGUGAAAUUGUGGUCAGUGGUGGUGUGCUCUGAAACAACCACGCCCGCGGAGGGAUGAACGGCAUGAUGAUAUUUGAUGGUCAAGAAGAUGCUCAUAUUAUGUCUCCCUUGAGGACAAUGCAUGCCAUACCCGCUCCGCCUGGGCCGCAGAACACCAUGCAACAUAUGCUGGAAAGGACAGAAUACCCGGACCUGAUAAUGCUGAUGCUGGUGCCAUGGAUCGAGGCCAUGUCUAAGCUGGAGGUCCUCUGGCCAGCCGUUCCUGCAUGAGGUUCAACAGGAUCUCAGGAACCUUUUCCUGCGUCGCACGAAUCGUGACGCGGAACAUCUAAGAAUAUAGUCUGAGCAGACAUCCAGUCUUCCCCUUCUCCAGCUGCAAGACCGCACAUCCAACAAUAUUCUUUGGAUUUGGAUCAACGUUGUCCAAGAGCCGCCAGCGAAAUCCUGCCACGGUAUCGCGGACAAAUUUGUCGUCCAUCGGCGCCAAAUGAUUGCGCAGACCGAAUGUGCUUUGCGCUUCAAGGGGACCCGCCCCAAUCUGUCGCCAACGUUUGAAGAAAUCCUCCGCUGAGAGCUCCGAGGGAUCCAUGAAUCGAUGCGGAAGAAUCGGCAGCUUUAGAGUAUACCCCUGCAAGGCACCAGCGAGAUAUGAGAUUCGGAUGGUUGGUGCUUCGGAGAAUGGGGAGAUGGAAGUGCACACAAUGGUCUCUUGGACUUGGGAGUCUGCACCGACCGAGGAAUCGGGGAGGCUUUUAGUGUCGAUUUUGAGGCUGGGGGCAGAUUUAUUGUCCAGAGUAGUCGUGAAUGAGCCAAUUGAGAACGAGGCCUUGUUGGUAAAGUAGAGUUUGAUCACCCCGAGGUGGCCACGAUACUCCGCCCUGAUGCCGACUUGAAUCUGUGGAUCCUCAUACAAGACACCUUCAUCGGCAAAGAACAUGUUGUCAUAACCAGUCUCCCAGUCCGGUGAAAGAUGAGCCGCGCUCGUAAGCUUGGGAACAGUCACGUCAUCGGUAUGGCCAUUCAUAUCCAGGCCUUCAAGGUCUUUUGCAGCACUGGUCGUUCCGUUUUGGGCUGGUGUGGCAGCAGCACCAUUCGUACUUGCUGGUGUUCCA